UCCACUGUCAGACUGGGCACGGGCGUUUGGUUCCUGCCUAGUGACAGGGGCCCAAUCAUCUGGCAAGACUGCGGGCACCGAGUCAUAUGGCAAAACAGCGGGCAUCGGGUCGUCAAGCUCGACAGCGGGCACCGAGUCAUCUGGCAAGACAGCGGGCACCGAGUCGUCUGGCAAGACUGUGGGCACCGAGUCAUCUGGCAAGACAGCGGGCACCGGGUCAUCUGGCAAGACAGCGGGCACCGAGUCAUCUGGCA